UGAAAUAACAUAUUUCAAGAAUCUAAAUGGUACAAUUUUAAAAUUUGGUACCUAAAAAUCGUUGCUUUUUAGAUCUUCUUCGACUCUUCGUAGCAAAAUAAAGAUGUCCUCGCUACCGGAAGAAAACCCAGGAAGCUGUCAGCAGAAAAUUGAUAUACAAAACAAGCAUGGGGAGAAACUUGUGGGUCUGUUGCAUGAAACUGGAUCCAAAGAUGUUGUAAUCUUGUGUCAUGGCUUUCAAUCAACCAAGGAAAAUAAUACCAUGAUGAACCUUGCUUCUGCACUAGAGAAGGAAGGAAUCAGCGCGUUUCGCUUUGAUUUUGCUGGAAACGGGGAAAGUGAAGGCACAUUUCAAUACGGUAAUUACUGUAGAGAAGCCGAUGACUUACAUUCUGUUAUACAACAUUUUAACAGAAAUAAUCGUGUAACACGUGCAAUUCUUGGACAUAGUAAAGGUGGCAAUGUGGUGCUCUUAUACGCGUCUAAGUAUCAUGAUGUGCGCUGUGUCAUCAAUUUGUCUGGACGUUAUAAGACGGAGGGCGGUGUUGAAGAGCGUUUGGGAAAAGGGUUUAUGCAAAAAGUGAAAGAAAAUGGUUUUAUUGAUGUUAAAUCCAAAACAGGGGAGGUCUUGUAUCGUGUGACGGAAGAAAGUUUGAUGGAUCGUUUGAAUACAAAUAUGCAUGAAGCAUGCCUGCAAAUUGAUAAAGAUUGCAAGGUAUUGACCGUUCAUGGAUCCGAUGACUCAAUUGUUCGAGUCGAAGAGGCGUUAGAGUUUGCAAAAGUCAUACCAAACCACAAGUUACACAUCAUUCAAGGUGCCAAUCAUGGAUUCUCCAAGCAUCAAGAUGAGUUAAUUUCUAAUGUCUUGUCUUUCAUAAAAUAACCUCUAAAUCGCCACCAAGAUGAGGCACACUCAAUUCAAGUAGCUCCAUUUCGGCUUUUGGCUCAAUAUUAUUGCUAGAUUCAUUUUUGUAUUCAAGAUUCAAAAGACUGAAUUUAUAUGAUAUAGUAAGAAAAAUGGUUUUUGAUGGUCAAUGUAAGUUUAUUUAGUUUUC